CAUCCAGCCAUGGCACCCACCAAGUCACGCCGCCCCGCAUCGCGCCGCACUGGCGCUGACGGCGUCGCAUCGGGCUCCGGCUCCGGCUCCGGCUCGCACACGCAGGCACACGCCUCGGGCAGCAGCAGUGCGGCCGGCGCCUUCGACGCGCACAGCGAGGGCCCGCGCCGGCUGCUGGAGCGCGGCAGCGCACGCGUGCCGGCCUUUGCAGACGCGCCUGGCGGCACGGGCUGGCAGCCGGGCGAGGAAGAGGAGGCGGCAGCGGCGGCGGACGAGGACGCAGAGUGGGGCGAGUGGGAGUACGAGGAGCACGAGCACGUCGUGCUCCUCGACCUCGGGCCCGCCGUGGAGAAGCUCGUCAAGUCGAGUGCAGAGUACAGCAUCAGCGGCCUCGAGACGGACACGCCCUUUCUGACCAUCGGCACCUCGAUGUUCGCCGGCGCAUGGGACGAGGCGCUGGGCUCCGAGAUUCUGCUGUACGACACGCACAGCUCGCCACAUCCCACGAGCCAUGCGCUGCUGCCACUGGCGCCCACGCCUUCCGACGCCGCAUUCUCGCGCGCACCCUCGACGUCGGCCGCACGCAUCCGCUUCCUGCCGUUGGCGCCGCCUGCGCCGCCGAACAACAAGGGCGCCAAGGAGCGCAAGCCGCGCGGCCGGCCCAAGCUGACGCUCGAGGAGCGCGCACAGCGCGCACUCGCGCGCGUCAUGCAGGGCGAUGUGCCGAAGCGCCUGCAAAAGGAGGAGCGAGAGCAGCGCGCACGCGAGAAGCUGGAGCGCAAGGCGGCGGCGCAGGCGAGAAAGGAGCAGGACGAGCUGACGUCGCAGAGCGAGAGCGGGAGCGACGAGAGCGGCAGCAGUGAGAGCGAGAGUGAGGACAGCGAUGGGAGCGAUGGCAGUGACGAGGAGGGAGACGCGGCAAGGGAGAAGGAAGCAGCAGAGCGGGAGCGGGAGAGUGAGCAGGAGACCGAAUAGUCACGCACGUUCCCAAGUGUCCGAGCGAGGUCGCGCAACGAGUCUGCUCCUCGCCUGAUACGCUCGAGCGAGAAAAGAAUGGGAGCAAAUGGGCCUGCGACAGCUGAAAGUCCACAGCGCAACACAGAGCGACACGACAGGGGAGCAGGCGAGGCACCGGGGCUGUGCGGGUCUCACGCCGCCUCGGCUUGCUGGUGCGGCGCAGCGCUGUAGACGAGGCAGCGAUGCGUGUGCAGACGAGAAGCGCUCGAGAGAGGAGACUUACGGCGAGGCGUGGGUGAUGAGACCGGCGAGGAAGCAGCUUGCCCUUGCAGC